AAAGACUAGAGAUGGAAGUAAAUGGUGUCCUUUACAGCAAUGCACCACUGGACAAUAAAAGAAGCAUCUAAAACCAACUUUUUUCAAAAGCCACCCAUAGACUUCAUCUUGGCUCCUUCUCUGUAAAGUAACAGAGUAUAUAAACCUUAAGUUUCUGAGUUACAAGUCAUAAUUCACAAAGCCACUAAGCAUCAGAUAACCUACAGGUUGCUGGUUCAGGAUGAAUUAUUUCAAUGGUCUAAUAUCUCCAAGAGAAAGAUGGGGUGUGUUGCUAUGGAAAAUAGGAAUGAUGGGAAUGUUCUUGCUUGCUAGAGUAAACUCAGAGGCUGAUCAAAUGGGAGCACCUGCAGCUGGUUUAUUAUGCAUAAGCGAUUGUACUACUUGUCCAGUCAUAUGUUCACCACCUCCUCCACCAGGUGAACCACAUUAUUAUGCACCGCCAUCUCACCAUUCUCCACCUCCUCAACCUUACAAUUAUCACCCUCCAUCACCAUCCCCACCACCACCAUCAGCUUCGCCGCCACCACCACCACCAGCAGCACCGUCGCCACGGUCAACUUCGCGACCGCCACCUUCACCUUCAUGGUAUCCUUCAUGGGGCCCUCCUAGUGUUCAAGUGCCACCUAAACAAGGACAGUACCCUUACCCUUACUACUACUUCUAUGCCUCAAAGGCCUCUUCUCUUUCUUUUCAUGCUUCCUUUUACUUUUCCCUUGUGCUUUUUCAUGUUUCAUGUUGUGUGCUGCUAAUUUGUUGUUGAAAGUUGUUAUUAUAUAUAUGGAGUAAGACUUGAGUUUGUAAAAAGAAGAAGGGAAAUUAAGCUAUAUAUAUAUAUAGAUAGGUAGAGAGGGAGAGAGAUUUGUUUCUUGUUAUGCUCUUCAUUUAUUUCAUAUCCAUCAAAUGUAUGAAAUCAUAAAUUUAUUUUGUUUUGUUAA